AUGCUCUCUAACAGUGAUGGUGACCACAGAUGCCCUCGCUGGAGGAUUAAUUCUAAAAUGAGAGGACUCUGCUGGGUGCUUUCAUUUCUGUCCAACCAACUACUUGUAAAUUGUGUUUCUUCUUUUGCUUCUGAAACUUCUGUGAAAAUUGCAUAUCUCAGAUUUAUUGGUAGCAUUGCUCUGAUUUCAAGGCCAAAAACACUAAAUAUUUGUGUGACGCUGUUAAAUAAAGUUUUUAAGAUUUACAUUCAUCCAAUGGGUCUCUGUAGUGAUGUUUUCAUGGUGGGAACAUCAUUUUGUGGUGGAUAG